UAUAAUGGAAUAUAUAAAUAUUUAAAAAAAAUUCACAGAAAUAUAUUUCAUGCACCGUACAUAAGAUGGUGCUGUAUACAUUCACUUCGAUUGGUAACUAAUUUAGAACAUAACCCUUAAAGUAAUUAUUUACAACCACUGAUUAUUUACAGUAUGCUGUUAUACAACAUUGACUGUGAAUAAAUAUGUUAUCAUUUUUUCGAAAGUUAUCAAUUGGUUGGAAGGUUAGAGAUGGUAUGCUUCCAGAAGCAAUCAUGGGAACGGCAGACGUCGUAAAUUUAAAGGAUCAAAAUGCUUUUGCACUAAAGACAGAUUUAGAAUUGAAAGAAUCCGUUUAUGAUUUGUUGAGAACCAUUAAGGACCCGGAGAAACCACAAACCUUAGAACAACUCGAUAUAAUAUACGAAGAUUGUGUUAACAUUUGUCAAAGUACUCCUAGUGGUAUUUCUGUAAUACGAGUUGAAUUUAAUCCAACAGUGCCACAUUGUUCAUUAGCAACACUUAUAGGAUUAUGUAUCAGAGUAAAACUUGAACGUCAUUUAGUAGCAGUAUUUAAAUUGGAUAUUUUUAUCAAAGAGGGUACACAUUCUACAGAACAAGAAAUUAACAAACAAAUAAAUGAUAAGGAACGAAUAGCAGCUGCUAUGGAAAAUCCAAAUUUAAGGGAUUUGGUAGAAAAAUGUAUUCAAGAAGAAGAUUAAUAAAUGUAGAAAAUCA